UGAGCGAGCGAACGAGUGAGUGAAUGAGCGCCUUCGCCCUAAAUUUACUUUCCAACUAAAGCCCCCCACAAUUUACAGUCGACUCUCUCUCUCUCUCUCUCUCUGCGCCUCUGCCUCUGGCCCUCUGGUGAUGUGAACAUCUCAUAAAACCGCCCAAAUCGGCUGAUUGGAAAGGCUUCUUUAUUCUACUUGGACUUGGAGGACGCUGUUUUUUGCUCAUGGAGUCGCAAUCACAUUUGCUGCGUUUCAUCCACAUUGCCGUCCUGCUUGGCCUCUGCUUGGCCGCCGACCCGUUCGCCAAUUUUGAAUUGGAGCUUUCUUACCUCACCCUUUCCCCUUUGGCCGUCCCUCAACAGGUCAUUGCAGUUAAUGGAAAGUUCCCUGGCCCAACUCUUAAUGUUACUACUAACUACAAUGUCGUGGUAAAUGUGAAAAACAAAUUAGAUGAAGAUCUGCUAAUUACUUGGCCUGGGGUACAAAUGCGUCGUGCUUCUUGGCAAGAUGGAGUUCUGGGCACGAAUUGCCCCAUUCCUCCAAAGUGGAACUGGACCUAUCAGUUUCAGGUUAAGGAUCAGAUUGGUAGCUUCUUCUAUUUCCCGUCUCUCCAUCUUCAGAGAGCAGCUGGUGGCUUUGGUUCUUUUAUUAUCACUAAUAGGGAAAUCAUUCCGCUGCCUUUUAAUACUCCGGAUGGGGAUAUUGUCAUUAUGAUUGGUGAUUGGUACACUCAGAACCAUUCGGCACUGAGAGCAACCCUUGGUGCUGGAGAGGACCUUGGGAUGCCAGACGGAGUUCUCAUUAAUGGGAAGGGACCGUACCAGUAUAAUGCUACGCUGGUCCCUGAUGGCAUUGAUUAUGAAACCAUUAAUGUUGACCCAGGGAAGACUUACAGAAUUCGUGUGCACAAUGUGGGAGUCUCUACUUGUUUGAACUUUCGGAUCCAGAACCAUAAUCUGCUUCUAGCAGAAACGGAGGGUCAUUACACAACCCAACAAAACUAUACUAGUUUAGAUAUCCAUGUUGGGCAAUCUUAUUCUUUUCUUGUUACCAUGGAUCAGAACGCUAGUAGCGAUUACUAUAUAGUGGCAAGUGCUAGGUUUGUGAAUCAGUCUCUUUGGCAAAGAGUUACUGGUGUUGCUAUCUUGCACUACUCAAAUUCUCAAGGAAAAGCAGCUGGUCCUCUACCUGAUCCACCCAAUGAUUUUUAUGAUACAUCCUUUGCAGUGAACCAGGCAUUGUCCAUCAGGCAAAAUGUAUCUGCUAGUGGAGCUCGCCCGAACCCACAAGGUUCAUUUCAUUAUGGAUCGAUCAAUGUGACGGAUGUGUAUAUUUUAAGAAGCAUGCCACCAGUGGUGAUUGAUGGGAAACUCCAAGCCACAUUUAAUGGAAUUUCAUUCGUCAAUCCUGAAACACCAAUUAGGCUGGCCGACCAGUUUAAUGUUAGAGGUGCCUACAAGUUGGAUUUCCCAAGCAGACCAUUGACUGGGCCACCCCGGAGGGAUAGAUCUCUCCUUAAUGCUACAUAUAAAGGUUUCAUUGAAGUCAUAUUGCAAAACAAUGAUACAGUAGUCCAGAGCUUUCACAUGGACGGUUAUUCGUUUUUUGUUGUUGGGAUGGCAUAUGGGGAAUGGACAGAAAACAACAGGAAUUCAUAUAACAAGUGGGAUGCAAUAUCUCGGUGCACAACACAGGUUUUCCCUGGGGGAUGGACUGCAGUUUUAGUUUCUCUGGACAAUGUUGGAGUAUGGAAUCUUAGAGUAGAAAAUCUAGAUAGAUGGUAUCUGGGUCAAGAAACAUACAUGAGGAUUAUAAAUCCUGAAGAAUCUAACAAAACUGAAUUAGCUGCGCCUGAUAAUGUUCUCUACUGCGGUGAUCUUGGCCACAUGCAGAAGCCUCAAAAAACCACAUCUUCAGCAUCAGUUGUCGCAGAGUCAAAGCUGUAUCUCAUGCUGCUUGCUAUAAUAGUUUAUGCUGUCCUCUCAAUUUGAUGCUAAGUUUUCUUGGUAAAUCUUAAAAAGAUCUACCGAUUGUGUGAAGUAGCUGUGCUGUGCUGGGUUACGGUUGUUUGGUUAAUAGUGUGUAGGUUAGCAAAGGGUCUUGUCAGCAAAAUUUUGUGUUUUUAAUCGUCAUGAUAUGUAAUUUGGGAUCCAUCAUUUGUCCAGCAACAAAUAUUUCAGAUCAGUGAUGAUUAACCCAUUUUCAAUAGCAGUUGCUUUA